ACCUCUUAGAUAUCCAGGUUGCUACAAAAGGAUGCAGAGCAGGAAUCCCAAAUGAGAGCUGAAAUUCAGAACAUGAAGCAAGAACUCUCAACCAUUAGCAUGAUGGAUGAGUUUGCCCGAUAUGCCCGUCUGGAAAGAAAGAUUAACAAAAUGACUGACAAGCUUAAAACUCAUGUGAAAGCACGAACUGCCCAAUUAGCCAAAAUAAAGUGGGUUAUAAAUAUUGUAUUCUACAUCCUACAAGCUGCCUUGAUGAUCUCUCUGAUUUGGAAGUACUAUUCUGAGCCAGUUACAGUGCUGCCAAGCAAAUGGCUUGCUCCGCUGGAGCGCUUGGUAGCCUUUCCUACGGGGGUGGCAGGUGGUGUUGGAAUUACAUGUUGGCUUGUGGUUUGUAAUAAAGUUGUAGCUAUCAUGCUACACCCAUUCAGCUGAAGGAAUCCCAGUAAUCCAUGGUCUCCUCGACUGCAUUUUCACUGU